AUGAUGAGCGAUGCAAGUGACAUGCUCGCUGCGGCUCUGGAGCAGAUGGAUGGCAUUAUUGCAGGUUCAAAGGCACUGGAGUACUCCAAUGGCAUCUUUGACUGCCAGUCCCCCACCUCCCCUUUCAUGGGAGGCCUGCGGGCUCUGCACCUGGUGGAGGACUUGCGGGGCUUGCUGGAGAUGAUGGAUGCAGAUGAGAGAGAGGGUCUGCGCUGCCAGAUCCCCGACUCUACAGCAGAGGCUCUGAUCAUAUGGCUCCAAAGUCAAAUGACUAAUGGACACAUAUCUGGAAAUGGAGAUGUAUAUCAAGAAAGGCUCGCUCGUCUGGAAAAUGAUAAGGAGUCUCUUGUUUUGCAAGUAAGCGUGCUUACAGACCAGGUGGAGGCCCAAGGAGAAAAAAUUCGGGAUCUGGAGUUCUGUCUAGAGGAGCACAGGGAGAAACUGAAUGCCACAGAAGAGAUGCUGCAGCAGGAGCUUUUAAGCAGAACAACGCUUGAAACUCAGAAACUGGAUCUUAUGGCAGAGAUCUCCACUCUGAAGUUAAAGCUUACAUCUGUAGAGAAGGAUAGAUUGGACUAUGAGGACAGAUUCAGAGACACUGAGGAUUUGGUCCAGGAAAUAAAUGAGUUGCGGUUGAGAGUUGGAGAAAUGGACAAUGAGAGACUCCAGUAUGAAAAAAAACUGAAAACUACCAAAGAUGAGCUAACAGCAUUGAAAGAGAAACUAGAACAGAAGGAAGCUGAGGUAAAAAGGUUGCAAGAAAAAUUGGUUUGCAAGCUGAAAGGAGAAGGAAUUGAAAUACUGGACAGAGAUGAAAAUUGUAAAAAGAAGCUCAAAGAUAAAAAUACAGAGGUACAGAAAAUGAAGAAAGCUGUAGAAUCGCUAAUGGCAGCAAAUGAAGAAAAGGAUCAGAAGAUAGAAGAGCUUCGGCAAUCUCUGAAUAGGUACAAGAAAGUUCAAGACAUGGUGAUACUGGCUCAAGGUAAAAAAGGCAAGGAAAGUGAUGGUGAAGACUUCUUGAAUUCAGGGUCUGUUUCCACAGUUUUAUUGGACACACCGAGCCUGACUGACCCAGAGAAAAGUCCAUCCCCAACCCCACUGACAGCAUCUCCACUCCAUGAUGAGUUCAACAUGAAUAUUCAUGAAGAGAUCCACACCAGUAUUCUACAGAUUUCAAUCCCUUCUUUUUCAUCAACAUCCAAGAGCUCGGAAGCUGCUGCUGAGAAAGCGAAAACACAGCUGAGGCCAGAUCCUGCAAGUGAAACGAGUGAAGGAAGAUCAACAGGUUCCUCUCCAGAAACACACCUGUCUGAAUGUCCAGUAACUUCUUCACUGCAGAAGUCCAGCAGUCUGAGCAGUUUGAGAAAAGAGACAUCUGAAGCGGACAGAGACUCUGCACAGAAGACAACAGAGGUUAAACCCCCCGUGGAAGGUAAUUUUGCAACUCUCCCUCCAAAGUCUCCUUCUCAUGGUGGUGCAGGCGACGAGGAUAGUUUUGGUACCCGUAAAGCUAGAUCUUCAUUUGGACGAGGCUUUUUCAAGAUCAAAAAUAACAAGAGGACUGCAAGUGCCCCCAAUCUGGAUCGCAGUCGAAGUGCAAGUGCACCUACCUUAGCUGAAACAGAGAAGGGAUCUGCAGACCACUUGGAUCUGGCUGGCUUGCCCCCUCGCCCAAAAGAAAUGGAUAGUCUGCAGAUGAUGCCACCUUCUCUGGAUUCAAAGAAAAAGGCCAGAGGGAUCAAGAAGUUAUUUGGAAAGCUUAAAAGAAGUCAGUCCACCACCUUCAACCCAGAUGACUUGUCCGAGACAGAGUUCAAGAGAGGAGGGACAAGAGCGACUGCAGGGCCACGACUGGGCUGGUCUCGGGACCUGGGGCAGUCUCACAAUGAGCUGGACAUGCCAUUUGCAAAGUGGACGAAGGAGCAGGUUUGCAAUUGGCUCCAGGAUCAGGGGCUAGGCUCUUACAUAAGUAAUGGCAAACACUGGAUACUGUCUGGACAAACGCUUCUGCAGGCUUCGCAGCAGGAUCUGGAAAAGGAGCUUGGGAUAAAGCACCCAUUGCAUCGGAAGAAGCUUCAGCUUGCUUUGCAAGCACUUGGAUCUGAAGAGGAAAACAAUCAUGGAAAACUGGAUUACCACUGGGUUACCAGGUGGCUGGAUGACAUUGGCCUCCCCCAGUAUAAAACUCAGUUUGAUGAAGGAAAAGUGGAUGGCCGAAUGCUCCAUUACAUGAGCAUGGAUGACUUGCUGUCCUUGAAAGUUGUCAGUGUCCUCCACCACCUCAGCAUCAAAAGAGCCAUUCAGAUUUUGAGAAUAAAUAACUUUGAACCCAAUUGUCUGCGCAGAAGGCCAUCUGAUGAGAAUAACAUCACACCUUCUGAGGUCACCCUGUGGACCAAUCAUCGUGUGAUGGAGUGGUUGCGCUCCGUCGAUCUGGCAGAGUAUGCACCUAACCUGCGAGGGAGCGGUGUGCAUGGAGGACUGAUGGUUUUGGAGCCUCGUUUCAAUGUAGAAACCAUGGCACAGCUGCUGAACAUCCCACCCAACAAGACACUUCUGAGGCGGCACUUGGCGACGCAUUUCAACCUCCUCAUUGGGCAGGAGGCCCAGCAGCAGAAACGGGAAGCAAUGGAGUCCUCAGACUAUGUCCUUUUAACAGCAACUGCCAAAGUCAAGCCAAAGAAGCUGACCUUCAGCAAUUUUGGGAGCCUGAGGAAGAAGAAGCAAGAUGAUGUAGAGGAGUAUGUGUGCCCUAUGGAGCUGGGCCGUGCACCUGGAAGUGGGUCGAAGAAGGGCUUUAAACCUGGCCUGGAUAUGAGAGUGUAUGACGACGACGAUCUGGACAGGCUGGAGCAGAUGGAAGAUUCAGAAGGGACAGUGAGGCAAAUAGGAGCAUUUUCUGAAGGCAUCAACAACUUAACACACAUGUUGAAAGAAGAUGACAUGUUUAAAGACUUUGCAACUCACUCUCCUAGCACCAGUGUAACAGAUGAGGACUCCAAUGUGUGACAGCAAGCACCAGACACUGGCCAAGGCUCGCUUUGCUACGUGCAGGAAAGGUCAUCGUUAUAAAUGACGAGCAGCAGGUUAUGUACAUUACAUUGCUCUUGCUUCUGUUAGUUAGAAGUAAUACUGGGGGGAGGGGGUUAGAGUUUAACAAAAAAACAAGGUGCCUACUCUAAAAUUGCCAUAAGAAACACCUAGACACUGGUGAAUGGUAAUUGUUUUUGGGGUUUUUUUCUAUAUUUAAUGUACAAAUUGGUGAUAUGUUUCAAGAGUGUUGCAUUUAAAUGUACCUGGUAUGAUACUGCUCAUUUUCCUUAUUCAUG